UCGCAGCAUCGGCGCAGUUUGGAGAGACAGAAAUUUCUGGAAGCUGCUGCGUUCAGGAACGAAACACAAUGUCGUACACUAAGUUUGCGGUGAACCUGGCGAAGGCCGGCCCGGGACACUUGAGGAACGCGCGCAUGUCUCCCGCAAGAUGUCGGUCCACGGUUGCGUCCACCAAGGCGCAAGACAUGAAGGAGCACGCGAUGGACGAGUGCGCGGUGAUGGAGACGAUCCCGGUGGAGCUGAUCAGCCAGAGCAGGAGCGCAUCAGACGCGCCGCUCAGAAAGAUUGACAUUGACUUUGACAACACGCAAGAAGCCUACAAAAGCAAAGGAAACCUGGAGCUGCUGAGGAGUCUGCUGGUCUUCAAACUGUGCACCAUUGACGUCCUGGUUGAUAAGAACAAAGAGUUGAUGGACCUGAGUAAGAAGCUGUUUGGUCAGUGGAUGUUUGAGAAGAUGAUGAAGAUGACCUUCUAUGGUCAGUUCGUGGCUGGUGAAGAUCACAACUCCAUCAAACCUUUAAUCCAGAAGAAUCAGGCCUUUGGAGUGGGGGCAGUUUUGGACUACAGUGUGGAAGAAGACUUGACACAAGAAGAAGCAGAAAAGAAAGAAAUGGAUUCAUGUGUUUCUGAGGCUGAGAGAGAAAGUCCAGGCGCCGAUCACCGUGAGAAGAAGUACAAAGCCCACCGUCAGUUCGGAGACAGGCGUGGGGGGGUCAUCAGUGCUCGCACCUACUUCUACGCCGACGAAGCCAAAUGUGACAACCAGAUGGAGACGUUUAUAAACUGCAUCAAAGCUUCAGGUGGAGCGUCGACAGAUGGGUUUUCUGCCAUUAAAAUGACAGCACUGGGGCGGCCACAGUUCCUGCUCCAGUUUUCUGAGGUCCUGGUUAAAUGGAGACGCUUCUUUAACUUCCUGGCAGCGCAGCAGGGAAAAUCCAACAUGACAGUUUUGGAGCAAAAGCUGGAGCUGGAGCAGCUCAAGGAGAGUUUGGCUCAGCUGGGCGUCGGAGACAAAGAUGACAUUGAAAACUGGUUUACUGGAGAGCAGCUGGGUCUGUCAGGAACGAUCGAUCUGCUGGACUGGAACAGCCUCAUAAAUGACACCACAAAGAUUUCUAAUCUGCUUAUGGUGCCAAACCUCCAGACGGGCCAGCUGGAGCCGCUGUUGAGCAAGUUCACGGCUGAGGAGGAGAGACAGAUGAAGAGGAUGCUGCAGAGAGUGGAUGUUCUGGCCAAGCACGCCCUGGAGAACGGGGUCAGACUGAUGGUGGACGCAGAGCAGACGUACUUCCAGCCCGCUAUCAGCCGACUGACCCUGGAAAUGCAGAGGAAAUUCAACAGAGAAAAGCCAGUGAUUUUCAACACAUACCAGUGUUACCUUAAGGAAGCCUAUGACAAUGUGACUGUGGAUGUGGAGCUGUCCAGACGGGAGGGCUGGUACUUCGGGGCCAAACUGGUCCGUGGCGCCUACAUGUACCAGGAGAGGGCCCGAGCUCAGGAGAUCGGCUACGAAGAUCCAAUAAACCCAAACUAUGAAGCCACUAACAUGAUGUACCACAAGUGUUUGGAUUAUGUGCUGGAGGAGAUCGACCACAGCAGGAAGGCAAACGUCAUGGUCGCGACGCACAACGAAGACACGAUUAAAUUCACUCUCGAUAAGAUGAACGAGAUGCGCCUUUCACCCACUGAGAAUAAGGUUUACUUUGGACAGCUGCUCGGCAUGUGUGACCAGAUCAGCUUCCCGCUAGGUCAGGCAGGUUUUCCAGUCUACAAGUACGUUCCGUACGGCCCCGUCAACGAGGUCAUCCCCUACCUGUCUCGCCGUGCUCAAGAGAACCGCGGCUUCAUGAAGGGAUCGCAGCGAGAGCGCAGCCUGCUGUGGAAGGAGCUGAGGCGCAGGCUGCUGGGGGGGCAGGUUUUCUAUCGGCCGGUCUACUGAGUCAUGAGACCAGAUCACGCCGAGUCUGUAAGCAUUCCACUGAGCCCAUCAAACCCACUAAAAGCCGCUGUCACUAGUGAAAGACGGUGUUGCCUCGGAUUAACGAGAAGCACAGCGAAGAAGAAAGUUCAGUCUGAGAAGCUCAGAUGAAAGAUGGUUAUUAUUAAUACACUCAAGCUGCUUCAUCAUGAUGAGAAAAUAGACGAUAUAACUCUAAAUCCACAUCAGGUUUUUCAAGUUUUGUUUCAAACCUGCAUUAUUUAUUUCACUGAAAGCUGAUCGCUUCAGAAACACAGCCUCGCUAAGUGUAUGGUUGAAGCGCCAAAAGUGGCGUACUUGUACAUAAAAGCCGCGAUGUGCCUUUGAAAAUGAGAUUUGUGAAAGUGCCUUAUAAUUGUUUUAGCGAGAAUCACUGGGCAAUCAGUUUCUGCAGCACUUAUUGUAGGUUUUCCUUUGAUGCGCCUCUUGUGAGGGAGAUUAAAUGGUGUUGAUGUGAAGAUUGUGAAAACUGCAUGGCAGCACUGAUGAUAAAUAUCACCGGAGUAGCUGAACUUAGCUCCGGAUGUGUGUGAUCAGCCCGAACUGCCCGUGCUCUGGAAGUGACUGUUUGUGAAAGCCAAAUUUCAUUUUCGUCUACUCGAGGGGUCAUUCACACCUCGACUGCCUUAACUGUUGACAUGAGGCAAAUGAUCCUGACGUCACAACAUCUUGUGGUUCUCAAACAGCAGGUGUUCAGAACAGAAAACAGGACCGAUUAUGACCCCUGUGGUCCAAAAAUGUUCCCAAAACACGCCCCGGCUGCUUCUGCAGUCAUUUAUAAGGAUCCUUCAUCCAUGUGCUUCAGGAAAACACCGACACUGUUACAUAAGAUGUUUGUGGAGGUGAAACUAAACGUGGCUUUGUGACGUUUUACAAAGACUGGAAUAAAUUAUCCUUUAACAUAUUGUGUGAAAGUUGUAGAAAAUGUUUUUUUUUUUUCGAAUUGAAAAUGAAAUGAAAUUUCAAAAGUUUUUAAUGUAUAGAUGUUUGAAUUUAAAGUCCUGUCACACUCAUUGAAUUUACAGUGCUUAAAUGUUUGCUGUAAUCUUGUAGUAAAAUUAGUUUUUACAUCUUUCUCUUUACUUUUUGGUCUGAAUUGAUUGUUGUCUUAAACGAGUGCAAACAUAAAUGUAGACCAUAACGUUACUGGUAAUGGUUCUGUUUCAAUAUUUAUUGUAUAAUUUAAGGUUGAUCAUGUGUGAAUGGAGUUAUAGAAGCUCUGAUGAGAAAUGUGAUUGUAGUUUUUGAACUUAGUGUCCUUUCCCUUUUUUUUUUUGUUUUUGU